UACCAGGCACAGGACGCUGUUUUGUAGACUCUGUUGACUCUCUUACUUAACAGUGAAUUGACCGGCACGUCACGGCGCGCGAAGGUUUCUGCGUUCAUACGUAACUCAGCAACUAUGGCGUCUCGUGGCAAAGGUCGCGGGUCGAAGCGUAAGGCGGACGAAUCUACUGCUGGUGAGAAUGGAGAUUCCGUAGAAACAAAGAAAGGAAAAAGGAGCGAGAAAGAAGAUAGUGAGAAUGACUCUGGCCAAAGGGUGAUCAUUGAACACUGUAAAAGCUGACGCGUGUAUGGGCGGAAUGCCGAGGGGGUGCGAGAGGCGCUCCUGGCGGCACGCCCCGGGCUGCGCGUGGAGCUCAACCCCCAAAAACCUCGGCGAAACAGCUUUGAAGUCACACUGAAGGAUGGGGACAAAGAGGUGGUUCUGUGGACUGGCAUUAAAAAGGGCCCUCCUCGUAAACUGAAGUUUCCGGAACCUGCUGAGGUGGUCAGUACACUCCAGGAUGCCCUGAAGAGUCAGUAGAUUCUUAGGAGACAGAGAGAGAGCCAAGCGUGUUUGCUUCUUUGCUACUGGAUGAAGAAUGAUGGGGACUGACCAAUGGGGUGACUCCCAGUCUGCCUUCUGAUGACCCUACUCUAGUGCUUGGAACAUGAUCUUUGGCAACUCUGUAGUUUGCAGCAGAACCUUUGUAAUCUAUCUUGGCCAAGAGUUUGUGAGUCCUACCUUUACCACUAUUCGUGUUG